AUGAAGAGUUCAGCGAUGCAUCUUCAGGAGUUGCGCCAGCUCCCUCGGAGCAAAAGUAUCCAGACGCAAGAUCAACAUCUUUCACUGGAAAUUACCAACCACAGGCAGGAACUGCUAUUCAUAGUGCGGAGUCAUCCGGUGGUAUUCAUUCGUCUCUACCUUCGACUAACUAUGGCUUUGCUGGUUUACCAAAUGUGCCAGGAGGACCGAGUGCGUAUAAAUCACAAACAUCGCCGAUACCUCAGCACAACUACAACAACCCUACGCCGAUGA